AUGACGCCAUGGCGCCGCCACAGACACUGGCAGCUCAAGCCAGCUCGCCGCGAACCGCACUGUGAUCAAAUACCCCCUCUUUCUCAUCUCCCGACGCGCGUCGGCAGCCUCCGCGCUCUGCUCCUCGCGUUGCUUCUCCCCCACCCCACGCCCAUCCCCCACAGCAGUCCGCCACAUGAGGGCAGCGCGCGCGGGGCGGGGCCCCCCACCUUGACCCCUUCCCGCUCCACCGUCUCUCCCAUGCUGCCCUCCCUCCCACCCAAUCCAUGCCAUGACCCCUGUCCCAUGCGCCCCUCACGGGCAGCAGCCCCCAGCUUGCAACACUGCUGCCGUCACACCACCCUGAACCACGGUCUACCCCCUUGCCUUGACCUGUGCGGCGAGGGACCGUGCCAGGUUACAAGUGAAGGUCACUGUCACGCCCACCCGCGCAUGUGUGCUGCUGCUGCCCUCUGCGCCAUGCCCGCCAUCUCCACCAUGCCUUAUUCAACUCUCAGGCUCAAACGCUCUGCACUGCAGGCAUCGUUUGAGAAUAACGCUGAUGUUGAGGAGCUGCUCGCGUCGUUUGAGACCAGUGCUGACGUGGCGGCGCUGAGUCAGCAGCGCACGGGGUGCUCGUGCUACCACAUCCCGCAACAGCUACUGCUGCUCGCAGAACCUCUGCCUCUGCAGCCCCAUGUGCUGGAACGGCCGAGAGUUAACUAUGCUUUACUCCCUCACUCUGAUUCACCGUGCGCACACAACGGCACCCGCACUGCCCUCACCACCACCCCUGCAGAUGAUCCCGGUGGGCCAGUGACAGUGCCCCCAUCGUGCUGGGCCAGUCACAGUGCCCCCAUCGUGCUGUAUCCCCUCGCUCACACCCUUCCCCGCCUGCUCUUCUCCAUGCACACCCAUCACCCCUCAUCACCACCCCUGCAGAUGAUCUCACUGGGCCACCCACAGUGCGAGGCAGCGAGGGAGCACACACCGCCGCCUGUGAGCGAGCCCAAGCCCAUCCUGCGAGCGGUGGGGUGCCACAAGGCGGUUGAGUUCAGCGAGGCCCUGCGGGUCGUCACUGAUGAGGCCGUCAACUCGCUCGUGCACCUGCGCGCUGCUGGGGGAGGGGGGGGAGGAGUGGGGGAAGAGGGGGGAGAGGGGGGGUGGAGGGGAAGGGGUGGUUGGAGACGCGGCGGCGUGUGGAGUGGCGGCUCUCUUUCCCAUGCUCUCUUUCCCAGGCUCUCUUUCCCAGGCUCUCUUUCCCAGGCUCUCUUUCCCAGGCUCUCUUUCCCAUGCUCUCUUUCCCAUGCUCUCUUUCCCAGGCUCUCUUUCCCAUGCUCUCUUUCCCAGGCUCUCUUUCCCAUGCUCUCUUUCCCAGGCUCUCUUUCCCAUGCUCUCUUUCCCAUGCUCUCUUUCCCAGGCUCUCUUUCCCAUGCUCUCUUUCCCAUGCUCUCUUUCCCAUGCUCUCUUUCCCAGACUCUCUUUCCCAGGCUCUCUUUCCCAGGCUCUCUUUCCCAUGCUCUCUUUCCCAGGCUCUCUUUCCCAUGCUCUCUUUCCCAUGCUCUCUUUCCCAUGCUCUCUUUCCCAGGCUCUCUUUCCCAGGCUCUCUUUCCCAUGCUCUCUUUCCCAGGCUCUCUUUCCCAGGCUCUCUUUCCCAUGCUCUCUUUCCCAGGCUCUCUUUCCCAUGCUCUCUUUCCCAGGCUCUCUUUCCCAGGCUCUCUUUCCCAUGCUCUCUUUCCCAUGCUCUCUUUCCCAGAUUCUCUUUCCCAGGCUCUCUUUCCCAGGCUCUCUUUCCCAUGCUCUCUUUCCCAGGCUCUCUUUCCCAUGCUCUCUUUUCCCAUGCUCUCUUUCCCAGGCUCCUCUUUUCCCAGGCUCUCUUUUCCCAUGCUCAUCUUUCCCAGGCUCUCUUUCCCAUGCUCUCUUUCCCAUGCUCUCUUUCCCAUGCUCUCUUUCCCAUGCUCUCUUUCCCAGGGCUCUCUUUCCCAUGCCUCUCUUUCCCAGGCUCUCUUUUCCCAUGCUCUCUUUCCCAUGCUCUCUUUCCCAGGCUCUCUUUCCAAGCUCUCUUUCCCAUGCUCUCUUUCCCAGGCUUCUUUCCCAGGACUCUCUUCCCCAGGCUCAUCUUGCCACAGGCUUUCUUUCCAUGCUCUCUUUUCCCAUGCUCUCUUUCCCAUGCUCAUCUUUCCCAGGCUCUCUUUCCCCAGAGCUCUCUUUCCCAGGCUCUCUUUCCCAGGCUCUCUUUUCCCAUGCUCUCUUUCCCAUGCUCUCUUUCCAAGGCUCUCUUUCCCAGGCUCUCUUUCCCAGCGCUCUCUUUCCCAUGCUCUCUUUCCCAGGCUCUCUUUCCCAGGCUCUCUUUUCCCAUGCUCUCUUUCCCAAUGCUCUCUUUCCCAGGCUCUCUUUCCCAGGCUCUCUUUCCCAGGCUCUCUUUCCCAUGCUCUCUUUCCCAUGCUCUCUUUCCCAGGCUCUCUUUCCCAGGCUCUCUUUCCCAUGCUCUCUUUCCCAGGCUCUCUUUCCCAGGCUCUCUUUCCCAUGCUCUCUUUCCCAUGCUCUCUUUCCCAGGCUCUCUUUCCCAGGCUCUCUUUCCCACGCUCUCUUUCCCAGGCUCUCUUUCCCAGGCUCUCUUUCCCAGGCUCUCUUUCCCAUGCUCUCUUUCCCAUGCUCUCUUUCCCAGGCUCUCUUUCCCAGGCUCUCUUUCCCAGGCUCUCUUUCCCAUGCUCUCUUUCCCAGGCUCUCUUUCCCAGGCUCUCUUUCCCAUGCUCUCUUUCCCAUGCUCUCUUUCCCAGGCUCUCUUUCCCAGGCUCUCUUUCCCAGGCUCUCUUUCCCAGGCUCUCUUUCCCAUGCUCUCUUUCCCAUGCUCUCUUUCCCAGGCUCUCUUUCCCAGGCUCUCUUUCCCAUGCUCUCUUUCCCAGGCUCUCUUUCCCAGGCUCUCUUUCCCAUGCUCUCUUUCCCAUGCUCUCUUUCCCAGGCUCUCUUUCCCAGGCUCUCUUUCCCAUGCUCUCUUUCCCAUGCUCUCUUUCCCAGGCUCUCUUUCCCAGGCUCUCUUUCCCAUGCUCUCUUUCCCAGGCUCUCUUUCCCAGGCUCUCUUUCCCAUGCUCUCUUUCCCAUGCUCUCUUUCCCAGGCUCUCUUUCCCAUGCUCUCUUUCCCAGACUCUCUUUCCCAGGCUCUCUUUCCCAGGCUCUCUUUCCCAUGCUCUCUUUCCCAGGCUCUCUUUCCCAUGCUCUCUUUCCCAUGCUCUCUUUCCCAGGCUCUCUUUCCCAGGCUCUCUUUCCCAUGCUCUCUUUCCCAGGCUCUCUUUCCCAGGCUCUCUUUCCCAGGCUCUCUUUCCCAGGCUCUCUUUCCCAUGCUCUCUUUCCCAUGCUCUCUUUCCCAUGCUCUCUUUCCCAGGCUCUCUUUCCCAUGCUCUCUUUCCCAUGCUCUCUUUCCCAGGCUCUCUUUCCCAGGCUCUCUUUCCCACGCUCUCUUUCCCAGGCUCUCUUUCCCAGGCUCUCUUUCCCAGGCUCUCUUUCCCAUGCUCUCUUUCCCAUGCUCUCUUUCCCAGGCUCUCUUUCCCAGGCUCUCUUUCCCAGGCUCUCUUUCCCAUGCUCUCUUUCCCAGGCUCUCUUUCCGAGGCUCUCUUUCCCAUGCUCUCUUUCCCAUGCUCUCUUUCCCAGGCUCUCUUUCCCAGGCUCUCUUUCCCAGGCUCUCUUUCCCAGGCUCUCUUUCCCAUGCUCUCUUUCCCAUGCUCUCUUUCCCAGGCUCUCUUUCCCAGGCUCUCUUUCCCAGGCUCUCUUUCCCAGGCUCUCUUUCCCAUGCUCUCUUUCCCAUGCUCUCUUUCCCAUGCUCUCUUUCCCAGGCUCUCUUUCCCAGACUCUCUUUCCCAGGCUCUCUUUCCCAUGCUCUCUUUCCCAUGCUCUCUUUCCCAGGCUCUCUUUCCCUGGCUCUCUUUCCCAGGCUCUCUUUCCCAUGCUCUCUUUCCCAUGCUCUCUUUCCCAGGCUCUCUUUCCCAGGCUCUCUUUCCCAUGCUCUCUUUCCCAUGCUCUCUUUCCCAGGCUCUCUUUCCCAGGCUCUCUUUCCCAGGCUCUCUUUCCCAGGCUCUCUUUCCCAGGCUCUCUUUCCCAGGCUCUCUUUCCCAGGCUCUCUUUCCCAGGCUCUCUUUCCCAGGCUCUCUUUCCCAUGCUCUCUUUCCCAGGCUCUCUUUCCCAUGCUCUCUUUCCCAGGCUCUCUUUCCCAGGCUCUCUUUCCCAGGCUCUCUUUCCCAGGCUCUCUUUCCCAGGCUCUCUUUCCCAGGCUCUCUUUCCCAGGCUCUCUUUCCCAGGCUCUCUUUCCCAGGCUCUCUUUCCCAGGCUCUCUUUCCCAGGCUCUCUUUCCCAUGCUCUCUUUCCCAUGCUCUCUUUCCCAUGCUCUCUUUCCCAUGCUCUCUUUCCCAUGCUCUCUUUCCCAUGCUCUCUUUCCCAGGCUCUCUUUCCCAGGCUCUCUUUCCCAUGCUCUCUUUCCCAUGCUCUCUUUCCCAUGCUCUCUUUCCCAUGCUCUCUUUCCCAUGCUCUCUUUCCCAUGCUCUCUUUCCCAUGCCCUCUUUCCCAGGCUCUCUUUCCCAUGCUCUCUUUCCCAUGCUCUCUUUCCCAGGCUCUCUUUCCCAUGCUCUCUUUCCCAUGCUCUCUUUCCCAGGCUCUCUUUCCCAGGCUCUCUUUCCCAUGCUCUCUUUCCCAGGCUCUCUUUCCCAGGCUCUCUUUCCCAUGCUCUCUUUCCCAGACUCUCUUUCCCAGGCUCUCUUUCCCAUGCUCUCUUUCCCAGGCUCUCUUUCCCAUGCUCUCUUUCCCAGGCUCUCUUUCCAGGCUCUCUUUCCCAGGCUCUCUUUCCCAGGCUCUCUUUCCCAGGCUCUCUUUCCCAGGCUCUCUUUCCCAGGCUCUCUUUCCCAGGCUCUCUUUCCCAGGCUCUCUUUCCCAGGCUCUCUUUCCCAUGCUCUCUUUCCCAUGCUCUCUUUCCCAUGCUCUCUUUCCCAUGCUCUCUUUCCCAUGCUCUCUUUCCCAUGCUCUCUUUCCCAUGCUCUCUUUCCCAUGCUCUCUUUCCCAUGCUCUCUUUCCCAGGCUCUCUUUCCCAUGCUCUCUUUCCCAUGCUCUCUUUCCCAUGCUCUCUUUCCCAGGCUCUCUUUCCCAUGCUCUCUUUCCCAUGCUCUCUUUCCCAUGCUCUCUUUCCCAUGCUCUCUUUCCCAUGCUCUCUUUCCCAGACUCUCUUUCCCAUGCUCUCUUUCCCAUGCUCUCUUUCCCAUGCUCUCUUUCCCAUGCUCUCUUUCCCAUGCUCUCUUUCCCAGGCUCUCUUUCCCAGGCUAUCUUUCCCAUGCUCUCUUUCCAGGCUCUCUUUCCCAUGCUCUCUUUCCCAUGCUCUCUUUCCCAUGCUCUCUUUCCCAUGCUCUCUUUCCCAUGCUCUCUUUCCCAUGCUCUCUUUCCCAGGCUCUCUUUCCCAUGCUCUCUUUCCCAUGCUCUCUUUCCCAUGCUCUCUUUCCCAUGCUCUCUUUCCCAUGCUCUCUUUCCCAUGCUCUCUUUCCCAUGCUCUCUUUCCCAUGCUCUCUUUCCCAUGCUCUCUUUCCCAUGCUCUCUUUCCCAUGCUCUCUUUCCCAUGCUCUCUUUCCCAUGCUCUCUUUCCCAUGCCCUCUUUCCCAGGCUCUCUUUCCCAUGCUCUCUUUCCCAUGCUCUCUUUCCCAGGCUCUCUUUCCCAUGCUCUCUUUCCCAUGCUCUCUUUCCCAUGCUCUCUUUCCCAGGCUCUCUUUCCCAUGCUCUCUUUCCCAUGCUCUCUUUCCCAUGCUCUCUUUCCCAUGCUCUCUUUCCCAUGCUCUCUUUCCCAGACUCUCUUUCCCAUGCUCUCUUUCCCAUGCUCUCUUUCCCAUGCUCUCUUUCCCAUGCUCUCUUUCCCAUGCUCUCUUUCCCAGGCUCUCUUUCCCAGGCUCUCUUUCCCAUGCUCUCUUUCCCAGGCUCUCUUUCCCAUGCUCUCUUUCCCAUGCUCUCUUUCCCAUGCUCUCUUUCCCAUGCUCUCUUUCCCAUGCUCUCUUUCCCAUGCUCUCUUUCCCAUGCUCUCUUUCCCAUGCUCUCUUUCCCAGACUCUCUUUCCCAGGCUCUCUUUCCCAUGCUCUCUUUCCCAUGCUCUCUUUCCCAUGCUCUCUUUCCCAUGCUCUCUUUCCAGGCUCUCUUUCCCAUGCUCUCUUUCCCAUGCUCUCUUUCCCAGGCUCUCUUUCCCAGGCUCUCUUUCCCAUGCCCUCUUUCCCAGGCUCUCUUUCCCAUGCUCUCUUUCCCAUGCUCUCUUUCCCAUGCUCUCUUUCCCAUGCUCUCUUUCCCAUGCUCUCUUUCCCAUGCUCUCUUUCCCAUGCUCUCUUUCCCAUGCCCUCUUUCCCAGGCUCUCUUUCCCAGGCUCUCUUUCCCAGCUCUCUUUCCCAUGCUCUCUUUCCCAGGCUCUCUUUCCCAGGCUCUCUUUCCCAUGCUCUCUUUCCCAUGCUCUCUUUCCCAGGCUCUCUUUCCCAUGCCCUCUUUCCCAGGCUCUCUUUCCCAUGCUCUCUUUCCCAUGCUCUCUUUCCCAGGCUCUCUUUCCCAGGCUCUCUUUCCCAUGCUCUCUUUCCCAGGCUCUCUUUCCCAGGCUCUCUUUCCCAUGCUCUCUUUCCCAGGCUCUCUUUCCCAGGCUCUCUUUCCCAGGCUCUCUUUCCCAGGCUCUCUUUCCCAUGCCCUCUUUCCCAGGCUCUCUUUCCCAUGCUCUCUUUCCCAGGCUCUCUUUCCCGGCUCUCUUUCCCAUGCCUCUUUCCCAGGCUCUCUUUCCCAGGCUCUCUUUCCCAGGCUCUCUUUCCCAUGCUCUCUUUCCCAUGCCUCUCUUUCCCAGGCUCUCUUUCCCAUGCUCUCUUUCCCAUGCCCUCUUUCCCAGGCUCUCUUUCCCAUGCUCUCUUUCCCAGGCUCUCUUUCCCAGGCUCUCUUUCCCAUGCUCUCUUUCCCAGGCUCUCUUUCCCAGGCUCUCUUUCCCAGGCUCUCUUUCCCAGGCUCUCUUUCCCAGGCUCUCUUUCCCAUGCCCUCUUUCCAGGCUCUCUUUCCCAGGCUCUCUUUCCCAUGCUCUCUUUCCCAUGCUCUCUUUCCCAGGCUCUCUUUCCCAGGCUCUCUUUCCCAGGCUCUCUUUCCCAUGCUCUCUUUCGCAGGCUCUCUUUCCCAUGCUCUCUUUCAAAGGCUCUCUUUCCCAUGCUCUCUUUCCCAUGCUCUCUUUCCCAGGCUCUCUUUCCCGUGCUCUCUUUCCCAUGCUCUCUUUCCCAGGCUCUCUUUCCCAGGCUCUCUUUCCCAUGCUCUCUUUCGCAGGCUCUCUUUCCCAUGCUCUCUUUCCCAUGCUCUCUUUCCCAGGCUCUCUUUCCCAUGCUCUCUUUCGCAGGCUCUCUUUCCCAUGCUCUCUUUCAAAGGCUCUCUUUCCCAUGCUCUCUUUCCCAUGCUCUCUUUCCCAUGCUCUCUUUCCCAGCUCUCUUUCCCAUGCUCUCUUUCGCAGGCUCUCUUUCCCAUGCUCUCUUUCAAGGCUCUCUUUCCCAUGCUCUCUUUCCCAUGCUCUCUUUCCCAGGCUCUCUUUCCCAUGCUCUCUUUCCCAGACUCUCUUUCCCAUGCUCUCUUUCCGAGCUCUCUUUCCCAGGCUCUCUUUCCCAGGCUCUCUUUCCCAGGCUCUCUUUCCCAGGCUCUCUUUCCCAGGCUCUCUUUCCCAGGCUCUCUUUCCCAGGCUCUCUUUCCCAGGCUCUCUUUCCCAGGCUCUCUUUCCCAUGCUCUCUUUCCCAUGCUCUCUUUCCCAUGCUCUCUUUCCCAUGCUCUCUUUCCCAUGCUCUCUUUCCCAUGCUCUCUUUCCCAUGCUCUCUUUCCCAUGCUCUCUUUCCCAUGCUCUCUUUCCCAUGCUCUCUUUCCCAUGCUCUCUUUCCCAGGCUCUCUUUCCCAUGCUCUCUUUCCCAUGCUCUCUUUCCCAGGCUCUCUUUCCCAGACUCUCUUUCCCAGGCUCUCUUUCCCAGGCUCUCUUUCCCAGGCUCUCUUUCCCAUGCUCUCUUUCCCAUGCUCUCUUUCCCAUGCUCUCUUUCCCAUGCUCUCUUUCCCAUGCUCUCUUUCCCAUGCUCUCUUUCCCAUGCUCUCUUUCCCAUGCUCUCUUUCCCAUGCUCUCUUUCCCAUGCUCUCUUUCCCAUGCUCUCUUUCCCAGGCUCUCUUUCCCAUGCUCUCUUUCCCAUGCUCUCUUUCCAUGCUCUCUUUCCCAGACUCUCUUUCCCAGGCUCUCUUUCCCAUGCUCUCUUUCCCAUGCUCUCUUUCCCAGGCUCUCUUUCCCAGGCUCUCUUUCCCAUGCUCUCUUUCCCAGGCUCUCUUUCCCAUGCUCUCUUUCCCAUGCUCUCUUUCCCAUGCUCUCUUUCCCAUGCUCUCUUUCCCAGACUCUCUUUCCCAUGCUCUCUUUCCCAGGCUCUCUUUCCCAUGCUCUCUUUCCCAUGCUCUCUUUCCCAUGCUCUCUUUCCCAGACUCUCUUUCCCAUGCUCUCUUUCCCAUGCUCUCUUUCCCAUGCUCUCUUUCCAUGCUCUCUUUCCCAUGCUCUCUUUCCCAGGCUCUCUUUCCCAGGCUCUCUUUCCCAUGCCCUCUUUCCCAGGCUCUCUUUCCCAUGCUCUCUUUCCCAUGCUCUCUUUCCCAGGCUCUCUUUCCAUGAUCUCUUUCCCAUGCUCUCUUUCCCAGCUCUCUUUCCCAGGCUCUCUUUCCCAGCUCUCUUUCCCAGGCUCUCUUUCCCAGGCUCUCUUUCCCAGGCUCUCUUUCCCAGGCUCUCUUUCCCAGGCUCUCUUUCCCAGGCUCUCUUUCCAUGCUCUCUUUCCCAGGCUCUCUUUCCCAUGCUCUCUUUCCCAUGCUCUCUUUCCCAGGCUCUCUUUCCCAGGCUCUCUUUCCCAUGCUCUCUUUCCCAGGCUCUCUUUCCCAUGCUCUCUUUCCCAUGCUCUCUUUCCCAGGCUCUCUUUCCCAUGCUCUCUUUCGCAGGCUCUCUUUCCCAUGCUCUCUUUCAAAGGCUCUCUUUCCCAUGCUCUCUUUCCCAUGCUCUCUUUCCCAUGCUCUCUUUCCCAGGCUCUCUUUCCCAUGCUCUCUUUCGCAGGCUCUCUUUCCCAUGCUCUCUUUCAAAGGCUCUCUUUCCCAUGCUCUCUUUCCCAUGCUCUCUUUCCCAGGCUCUCUUUCCCAUGCUCUCUUUCCCAGACUCUCUUUCCCAUGCUCUCUUCCCAGGCUCUCUUUCCCAGGCUCUCUUUCCCAGCUCUCUUUCCCAGGCUCUCUUUCCCAGGCUCUCUUUCCCAGGCUCUCUUUCCCAUGCUCUCUUUCCCAUGCUCUCUUUCCCAUGCUCUCUUUCCCAGGCUCUCUUUCCCAUGCUCUCUUUCCCAUGCUCUCUUUCCCAUGCUCUCUUUCCCAUGCUCUCUUUCCCAUGCUCUCUUUCCCAGGCUCUCUUUCCCAUGCUCUCUUUCCCAGGCUCUCUUUCCCAUGCUCUCUUUCCCAUGCUCUCUUUCCCAUGCUCUCUUUCCCAUGCUCUCUUUCCCAUGCUCUCUUUCCAGGCUCUCUUUCCCAUGCUCUCUUUCCCAUGCUCUCUUUCCCAUGCUCUCUUUCCCAUGCUCUCUUUCCCAGGCUAUCUUUCCCAUGCUCUCUUUCCCAGGCUCUCUUUCCCAUGCUCUCUUUCCCAUGCUCUCUUUCCCAUGCUCUCUUUCCCAGACUCUCUUUCCCAUGCUCUCUUUCCCAUGCUCUCUUUCCCAUGCUCUCUUUCCCAUGCUCUCUUUCCCAUGCUCUCUUUCCCAGGCUCUCUUUCCCAGGCUAUCUUUCCCAUGCUCUCUUUCCCAGGCUCUCUUUCCCAUGCUCUCUUUCCCAUGCUCUCUUUCCCAUGCUCUCUUUCCCAUGCUCUCUUUCCCAUGCCCUCUUUCCCAGGCUCUCUUUCCCAGGCUCUCUUUCCCAUGCUCUCUUUCCCAGGCUCUCUUUCCCAGGCUCUCUUUCCCAUGCUCUCUUUCCCAUGCUCUCUUUCCCAGGCUCUCUUUCCCAUGCCCUCUUUCCCAGGCUCUCUUCCCAUGCUCUCUUUCCCAUGCUCUCUUUCCCAGGCUCUCUUUCCCAGGCUCUCUUUCCCAUGCUCUCUUUCCCAGGCUCUCUUUCCCGGCUCUCUUUCCCAUGCUCUCUUUCCCAGGCUCUCUUUCCCAGGCUCUCUUUCCCAGGAUCUCUUUCCCAGGCUCUCUUUCCCAUGCCCUCUUUCCCAGGCUCUCUUUCCCAUGCUCUCUUUCCCAGGCUCUCUUUCCCCGGCUCUCUUUCCCAUGCCCUCUUUCCCAGGCUCUCUUUCCCAGGCUCUCUUUCCCAGGCUCUCUUUCCCAUGCUCUCUUUCCCAUGCCCUCUUUCCCAGGCUCUCUUUCCCAUGCUCUCUUUCCCAUGCCCUCUUUCCCAGGCUCUCUUUCCCAUGCUCUCUUUCCCAGGCUCUCUUUCCCAUGCUCUCUUUCCCAGGCUCUCUUUCCCAGGCUCUCUUUCCCAGGCUCUCUUUCCCAGGCUCUCUUUCCCAGGCUCUCUUUCCCAUGCCCUCUUUCCCAUGCUCUCUUUCCCAGGCUCUCUUUCCCAUGCUCUCUUUCCCAUGCUCUCUUUCCCAGGCUCUCUUCCCAGGCUCUCUUUCCAGGCUCUCUUUCCCAUGCUCUCUUUCGCAGGCUCUCUUUCCCAUGCUCUCUUUCAAAGGCUCUCUUUCCCAUGCUCUCUUUCCCAUGCUCUCUUUCCCAGGCUCUCUUUCCAUGCUCUCUUUCCCAGGCUCUCUUUCCCAGGCUCUCUUUCCCAGGCUCUCUUUCCAGGCUCUCUUUCCCAUGCCCUCUUUCCCAGGCUCUCUUUCCCAGGCUCUCUUCCCAGGCUCUCUUUCCAUGCUCUCUUUCCCAUGCUCUCUUUCCCAUGCUCUCUUUCCCAUGCUCUCUUUCCCAGGCUCUCUUUCCCAUGCUCUCUUUCGCAGGCUCUCUUUCCCAUGCUCUCUUUCAAAGGCUCUCUUUCCCAUGCUCUCUUUCCCAUGCUCUCUUUCCCAGGCUCUCUUUCCAUGCUCUCUUUCCCAGGCUCUCUUUCCCAGGCUCUCUUUCCCAUGCUCUCUUUCCCAUGCUCUCUUUCCCAGGCUCUCUUUCCCAGGCUCUCUUUCCAGGCUCUCUUUCCCAGGCUCUCUUUCCCAUGCUCUCUUUCCCAUGCUCUCUUUCCCAGGCUCUCUUUCCCAUGCUCUCUUUCCCAGGCUCUCUUUCCCAUGCUCUCUUUCCCAUGCUCUCUUUCCCAGGCUCUCUUUCCCAGGCUCUCUUUCCCAUGCUCUCUUUCCCAGGCUCUCUUUCCCAUGCUCUCUUUCCCAGGCUCUCUUUCCCAGGCUCUCUUUCCCAGGCUCUCUUUCCCAUGCUCUCUUUCCCAUGCUCUCUUUCCCAUGCUCUCUUUCCCAGGCUCUCUUUCCCAUGCUCUCUUUCCCAGGCUCUCUUUCCCCAUGCUCUCUUUCCAGCUCUCUUUCCCAUGCUCUCUUUUCCCAGGCUCUCUUUCCCAGGCUCUCUUUCCAUGCUCUCUUUCCCAUGCUCUCUUUCCCAUGCUCUCUUUCCCAGGCUCUCUUUCCCAUGCUCUCUUUCCAGGCUCUCUUUCCCAUGCUCUCUUUCCAGGCUCUCUUUCCCAGGCUCUCUUUCCCAUGCUCUCUUUCCCAUGCUCUCCUCUCCUCUGCUCCCCCGCCCCACAGGCAAGGCGUUCACGGCUGCUACUGGCCAACAACUUCACGGACCCGCCC